GUGAUCAGGAGGUACGUUAAGCAGAAAACCUGAAUGAAAGACAUUGUCCUGAGAAAAGGACAAGUGGAGAGUAGGAGAGCUGGUAGGGGAAUAUACAAAUAGAGUGGAGAAACUUCUUAGAGGAGUAGCUUUUUCUUCGCUCUACUGAUCUCACUUCCUGUCUGUAUUCGUAUUCGACUGUGCCUGACAAUCAUUGCCAUGGGUGAAAUGGAGCAACUGAGAAAGGAGGCAGAGAGCCUGAAGGAUGAGAUCACUGCAGCUCGUAAAGCUGUGCAGGACCUUACACUGCAGGAUCAUGUGGCAGGGACAGCUGUUGUGGGGCGUGUCCAGCUAAAGAUCAGGAAAACGUUGAGAGGCCACCUGUCUAAAAUCUAUGCCAUGCACUGGGGGACAGACUCAAAAUUGUGUGUCAGUGCAUCCCAAGAUGGCAAGUUAAUUGUAUGGGACAGCUACAGCACCAAUAAGGUGCAUGCAAUCCCACUGAAGUCCUCAUGGGUCAUGACAUGUGCGUACGCCCCUUCAGGAAACAUGGUGGCGUGUGGAGGACUUGAUAACAUGUGCUCCAUCUAUAACCUGAAGGGCAAAGAUGGUAAUGUUAAGGUCAUGCGGGAGCUCGCAGCACACACAGGUUACCUGUCUUGCUGCCGCUUCCUGAGUGACAGUGAAAUCAUCACCAGUUCUGGAGAUUGCACCUGUGUUCUGUGGGACAUUGAGACAGGAUCACAGAAGACCAUAUUUGCUGGCCAUCUAGGAGACUGUAUGUCUCUGGGUGUGGCCCCAGACUUUAACACUUUCAUCUCAGGAGCUUGUGACUUCACAGCCAAACUGUGGGACAUCCGUGACGGCCAGUGCAGACAGACCUUUGGAGGCCAUGAGAGCGACAUCAAUGCCAUUGGGUUUUUCCCAAAUGGCAAUGCAGUGAUUACAGGUUCAGAUGAUGCUUCCUGCAAGCUGUAUGACCUGCGUGCAGAUCAGGAGCUCAUGACAUACCAGGACUCCGCCAUCAUGUGUGGAGUAACUUCCAUUGCUCCCUCACUUUCUGGACGACUUAUCCUUGCUGGCUAUGAUGACUUUAACUGCAAUAUUUGGGACUCGCUUAAGGCAGAGAGAGUCGGAGUGUUGUCUGGUCAUGACAACAGAGUGAGCUGUAUUGGAGUGACGACUGAUGGCAUGGCCUGCUGCACAGGGUCAUGGGAUAGCUUUCUGAAGAUCUGGAACUAAGGCGCUGUCUCAGAGAGAGGCAAUAUUAGGAGAAUAUGUCAAAGACAGAGUACAAUGUAAUCGAUACGAUUGAAACAGGACAAUGGAAAAUACUUGUAUUAGCAUCACAACAAGAAGGACUGUGAAUAGGAAAAACUCAUUCAGAGAUGGGAGAACUUGUAGAACAAUCUUGUCAAAGAAAUCAUGCAAUAAUAGAUCAAAAUCUUUCAAGGAUUAACUGCAAAAGUGGGCAUUUACAAAGCAAUUACCUAUUUGGUGAUUUCUGAGGUCAUUUUUGGAUAGAGUAAUUAGCACAUGAGUGUGUUAUUGCAUACAAGACUUUCAAGACUUGCAUAAAGCUUUCUGAUAUCAUCUACAUAGUGCAUCCCAUGCUAUCAAACCUAUAUGAAAGAGGUUGCCAAAAUAGUUGUGCAAGAUUUGAGUAUACAAUGACUUGUCUACACAGAAUUACAUUUUCACUUUUAUACAAUGUGGUUUACAGCCUAUAGAUAGAUCAAAUAGUUUUCUAGUGAGACUGUCUGUUUGAAGUUUAUUUUUGUUGAUUUUGUAUUUUUUUUUUAGUGCACUGAUAGUAUCAUCUGAUUGUUCUUUUCUGCAUAUUCAGGCCAAU